AUGGAAGAAUAUACUGGUUACGUCCUUCAAAUCAAACCGAAUGCGAAGCUUUCAAAGAGAAUAUUACAAAAUGCGCUCAACUCUAUAACUCGACUUCUUCAAGAGUCUGAAAAGAAAGAGCCAAGAAAUCUUAUGAAGCUUCUCGAUAAAUCUACUAGAUUCAAUGGAGUAGUAGAGUUCGAAAAUGAUGGAGUUCCACCUUUACAUCCAGAAGAAACCCAGAAUUAUUGGAGCCUAGUCGCACUAACAUUAACAGCCAUUGUUCUUGCGCUUCCUAAUAUUGCAAACUGCCAUGUCAAGGGGUUACUUUCAAGUAUGAAAGAAGGUCUUCAAUUUGUAAGAAAUAUCGAAGAAAUCCUCAAUGCAAACGAAGAAUUGGUAAAGGCAAGAGAAGCAGCUAGACACGUAUGGACAGACGUUGAAGUAUACUGCAAGUGGCUACAAAUUGAUCUUCAAAAGAAGACUCGAAAUGGAAAAACUUCAAAAGAGAUUCUUCAGUGGUUGGGUGAAGAAGCAGCAAAAACUGUGAUACAGUUCAAGACAAGGAAAAAUGUAAGUCUAGAUCACUCACCUUGUAAGUUCACUCCUGCAAGCUCCAUGUACAUAAUCAGCCAAACCAUACUGCUUCACUGCAAUGAGCAAGAAAAUUGGCCAACAGAUGAGGAACUUUUUGAGUGGAUAGCAACCAUAAUCACAGAUCUGCUAUGUGCUUGCUUUACCAAAUUGCCACGUGUCAUAACCAUGAGGUGUUAUGAUGAUGCAAUAGAGAAAAGGGAAGAUAGCAUCCGAACAGCGGGGUAG